GCCCUUGUUCUUUCACCACCGACCCUCUACAACACCGAAAACGACGAAUUCAUCCCAAAUAAUCUGCGCUACAAGACCGAAGCAGAUAAUUCGACUACAACCGCAAUCAUGGCUGAUACUGACGAUCUUCCCGACCGCAAACCUCGCAAGUCUGUCCAGUUCUCAGAAGGCGCCACCAUUGUUGACAGCAACGGUGAAGUCACCGAGUCGAUCGAUAUGAACGGCAGCAAAGAUUCCGCCGAGGCCCACUCCUCAGGCGCUGCAGGCGACGACAAAGAAGUCGACGAGGUUACCGACAUGUUCGCUGACCUUGCUAAGAAGAAGAAGAAGAAGUCGACCAAGAAGAAGGAGGGGGAGGAGGAAGAUGGCGCAGAGGGCGACUUUGCUGCUCUCAAGAAGAAGAAGAAGUCCAGCAAGAAGAAGGUCGAGGACGACUUCGAAGCCAAGCUCGCUGCCGCCGGCGGAGACAAGCCCGAAGGCGAAGAGGAGGCCGCCACUCCCGAACCCGAAGUACAAGAAGGCGAUAUGAUGAAGGGAACCGGCAUCUGGCAACACGACUCGACAGCGCCCAUCAACUACACCCUUCUCCUCAACCGAUUCUUCACACUUCUACACGCGCAACAUCCCGACCUUGCAAGCUCGGGCACAAAGAGCUACAAAAUCCCACCCCCACAGUGCAUGCGCGAAGGCAACAAGAAGACUGUGUUCGCCAAUCUCGCUGAGAUUUGCAAGCGCAUGAAGCGUUCAGACGAGCACGUUGCCCAGUUCCUCUUCGCCGAACUGGGUACUAGCGGUUCCUUUGCUGACCAGAAGCGCUUGGUUAUCAAGGGUCGUUUCCAGCAAAAACAAUUGGAAAACGUUCUCAGGCGGUAUAUCGUCGAGUACGUGACUUGCAAGACCUGCCGUUCACCCGACACGGAUCUGUCCAAGGGAGAGAACCGUCUCAACUUCGUCACCUGCAACAGCUGUGGUUCAAGGCGUUCGGUACAGGCCAUCAAGACUGGUUUCUCGGCCCAAAUCGGAAAGAGGCGGAGAAUGGUGGGUUAGAAAAAUUGGUUUUACGCGCUUCACAAGGUUUACGGCUGGUAUGGUAUUGCUUUGGCUUCUUGAUAGACGCCAUGACUGUUUCUGUUCCAGUCUCGCUGGUGUAGGGUUUUCACAAUGGAUUCCACGGUAUAUGGAGGUUCGCUGGCUGUACAUUCAAGACGGGUUAGGAACAUGAACAAUUCAUUUUGUUGACGAC